GAACAACAUUUUGGGGCUCGUCACUCGCCCGUCAAGGGGCAAGGUUUAUAGAUAAUAUUUAUAAACCUUGCUCGACCACCAUAUUGUGUACAGUUGUUCGCUCAGAUUAUCUUUUAUCUAUAGUAGUAUGGUACUAUGGUAGCACACAACAGUUGUAGUGCUGAUUGAAAUCGAGUAACAUCAUUUCAUCAUUCAUUACUAUCUUUUAUUGUUUGUAUUUCCAUUUCCCAGUUUUACUAAUUUAUUAUAUUAUCAAUACAAUUAACACUGUUGGUUUUUAUUGAAUUGUUGUAGGCCCUUGGUGAAUGAGUUUACAUUACUAUACAAAUAUAUUUAAAAUUUUCUUUUUGUCGGGGAAAAAUAUUAGUAAAUAGGGAAUUUUCUAACCUGAGUUUGGGCAAGUAAUACAAAUUGAGUUACGAACCUUGGUUAGUGUUAGACGUUAGUCCACCUGACUGCCAUAGCGAAGAUUUUAUUACGUGGGUUUUUUUUUUUUUUUUUAGUUGUGAGGCGGCAGCACCAUAGACUCGACAAUGGGAGGGCCUAAGGAAGGCGUUCAAAAACAAAUACAACAAGACUGGGCGAACCGAGAGUAUAUUGAAGUGAUCACUGGCAGCAUUAAAAAGAUCACAGAUUUUCUCAACUCGUUCGGUAAGCUUAAUAUGAAAUGCAUUUCGAUUAGAGUUUAUGUCGUGUGUGUCUGAAUUCGAGCAAAGGACAGGAAAAGUCUUAACAAAAAAUGUACCGGAAAUUGAGUAAAAAAUUAACUUAAAUAUUUUUAACAAGAGUAUACUUUUCUUUAGCACUGUGAUUUAUAAAAGUAUGUACCUACUUUAAUAUUAUAAAAACUAAAAAACAUAAAUAUACUCUCAUUCUUUAGAAAUUUAACAGAUAGUGAAGUAUGUGAUUAGCUCAAUAAUUAGUUGUUCAAUUUUAUUAAUAUAUAAUAUAAAAUGUUUAAAAGUCUCAUAGUUGAAUAAAAGCAACAUAUCAAUUGUCUAUGAAGGUUUGUUGUAUAUGAAACCAUUUAAAGUAGCAGUAUUCGAAAGCAAAGUCAUUAAAAUGAGAGUUUUACUACCAAAUUAAAUUUAAAAAAUCCAAAAUUAAUUUAUGACCUUAGUCAUUUGCUAAAUGAAAAUUUGCUUAUUGCAUUAAAAAAAAUUAAAAUUAACAUAAUUGAACUAGCAAAAUUGUCUACUAAGUUACUCAGUCAAAUUUGUCUGAAUCUAUCAUUGUUAGGACAUAUUAGCGUAUAACUAAAAUCGGUCAUUAAGAAAUCAAAGAAGUGCAAAUCGUACAAAAGACGAAAAAUGUGCUGAAUCGAAAAACUUGCUAGGCAAAAGUAAGUUAUAAUUAAAAUUUAUGGAUAUAGAAUAGAUAAAAUAGUAAUUAUAUAAUAUGAACAAUUAAUCUAUAAUAUUAUUAUUAAUUGAUAAUUGAUAACAUUAAAAUAAAUAAAAUAUUCAUUGUUGGUAAAUAUGAAAAAAUAAGUUUGUCAUUGAAGAUUAAAUAAUUGUACAAUAAGUAGCAAUAAGAAUAAAAAUGAAUAUAAACGUAAAGGGGAAGAGAGGGAGAAGAAGACCAAAAAGAGGUAGUUGGAUUCGAUUGAAAAUGUUAUGAGGACACUCAAAGACAGUUAAUGUAUGCGAGGUGGAGAUUAGGUCAAGUGAAAGUUUAUGAUAGGAGCUCAACCCUAAAGACUUGGAUUAAGACAAAGGAAAUGAAAAAGAUAUUAACUUUUAUUGUGUUAAAUCUACUUUUUACUUUCUAAAAAAAAAUAUAUUUUACUCGAUUCUAAAAAUUCUUUCCCGUGUUUUUUAUUCCUCGAGACUUGUUUUCCUAUCAUCAUUCCUAAGUGUAUAUCAUAGUCAUAUAGACAAUUACUUUGUCACAUAGGUUUAACAAUACAAUUUUAGUUGUUCAGUAUAUAAUUUAUAAUGUACUUCAUAUUAUACAGAGUUACUUAUCCAUAUUCUUUAUUAUAUUGUUAUGCAUGAGUUAUUAACAUGUAUAACAGAAAUAAGUUUUUAAUGUGUUAAAUAGACGCAGUCAUAUAUUUUACUAUAAUUUUAGAUUGCAGGGAUCUAAUAUAACACUGAACCUAAAUAAAACUCAAAGGUAUUUUAAUUUAUUUACUUGCCCACUACUCACUUGAAUAUUCCUAUUUAAGAUUUAAGUACAAAUUAUUUUGAUUAACAAACAAAUUAAUUUGAAUAGAUAAAAAUUAUAUUUGACUAUUUCAUUUUACUUAAAUAUUAUUUUUAAGUUUAUUAAAUAACUAUAUGUUUGUUACCAUGGAUACACAUUUAAAAAUUGUUUGAUCAAAUUAGUAUAUCAUGUAGUCAUAUCCAACCAGUAUUCAUUUUAAAUUAUAGAUUUUCUUUAAAUGUGUGUUUUUUUUAACUCCUUCCGCUAAAAUGAAAGUAACAUAUUGUACAGAUGUUGAUAGAUCAGUUGUACUGAGUAAUUUUGAAAAACGAGGUUGGGUUCAUGUCGGUCCUGAUGAUGAUUGGAACUUUUACUGGGCUGGUAUACAAACAUGUCGUAGUCUAUUUAGCAUUGAUAGUGGCUACCGAAUGCAUGACAAUCAAAUGAUCAACCACUUUCCUAAUCAUUAUGAACUCAGUCGUAAAGAUAUGCUGGUUAAAAAUAUAAAACGUUAUAGACGCGAACUUGAACGAGAAGGAAGCCCCUUAGCAAAACGUUUAGAUGGCAAAUAUUUAUACCUCGAUUUUAUUCCAGUUACAUUUGUAUUACCAGCAGAUUAUAAUUUGUUUGUGGAAGAAUACCGCAAGGUUGGACCAAGUACAUGGAUCAUGAAACCAGUUGGAAAAUCACAAGGAACUGGAAUAUUCCUCAUUAAUAAACUAUCAAAAUUGAAAAAAUGGUCUAGAGAGGGUAAAAAUAAUAAUUUCAAUACAUCUGCAAUUAAAGAAUCGUAUGUUAUAUCUAGAUAUAUUGAUAAUCCAUUACUAAUUGAUGGCAAAAAGUUUGAUCUACGUUUAUAUGUUUUGGUCACUUCUUUUCGUCCACUAAAAGCGUAUUUGUUUAAGUCAGGUUUUUGUCGCUUUUGUACAGUUAAAUAUAAUGCCAGUGUAGGAGAGAUCGAAAACUUAUUUGUUCAUUUAACUAAUGUCUCUUUACAAAAACAAGGUGACGAAUACAAUAGUAUACAUGGUGGUAAAUUAAGCAUUCAAAAUUUGAGAUUAUUUCUAGAAAGCACAAGAGGAAAGACAGUAACUGAAGCUCUUUUUGAUAAUAUAGUUUGGUUGAUUGUUCAUUCAUUAAAGUCAGUUAGUUGUAUAAUGGCUAAUGAUAGACAUUGUUUUGAAUGUUAUGGAUAUGAUAUUAUAAUUGAUGACAAUUUAAAACCUUGGCUGAUUGAAGUAAAUGCAUCUCCUUCAUUAACGUCUACUACAGUGAAUGAUCGAAUUUUGAAGUAUAAAUUGAUUGAUAAUAUGUUAAGUGUUGUUUUACCGCCCAGUGGAAUCCCUGAUGUGCGUUGGAAUAAAUGCCCUUCUCGAGAAGCAAUGGGAAAUUUUGAACUAUUAAUUGAUGAAGACUUGACUGCAAAAGAUAAGCCUGGGUCAUCAACUAAAGUGGAUCAAAAGGAUAAGUUCAAACGCAAAAUCUAAACAAGAUUAACUUCAUUAAACCAUUAGUUAAUGUCUGGCAACAAAUAAUAUGUUUCAGAAUUAUCUGAAUAACUAAUAACUAAUUAUACACAAUUUUAUUGCUUUGUAAAUAUAAUAAUUUAGUUUAUUAUAGAGUUUGAUUCUUCUAUUUUUUGUUUGUUAGUCAUAAAAAUGAAUAUAAUUGUAGUCUAAAAAUCUUCAUGUGUGCUUGAGCUUUUAUACCAAAAAUAUUUAAAAAUAAUUAGGUACUUUAUUUAAUUAAAUUAACAUUAAAUUUAAGAUGUUUCACAUUUAUGUUAAUACCAUGUCCAUAGCAACAAUUCAUAAAUAAACAAUAAGACAAAUGUUAGUACCUAUUUAUUAAUUACCAUGGUGUCCAAUUUAUGGGACAAAUAGACAACACAAGCAUACAAGAGUUAACUGUUCUAUAAAAUAAAAAUCAUAAAAAACUUUUUAGUUAUUAAUUGUAUUUAACUACUUUUGUUUUACCGAUAGUUCAUGAAAUAUAAUUUUAUUUAGGUAUAAUUGAAUUUCAUUAUAUUAAUUUAAAAUAUGAUGUUUAUCUAUUUAUUUAGAUAUGUCAUGUCGAUCCAGGUUAGCAAUUUUAAAUGAAAAACUAACCACUCUAGAAAGAAGAAUUGAAUACUUGGAAGCACGGGUAAGAAUUGAGUAAUAGGAUUUUAGGACUACAGUGAAAAAUAUUUUUAUCAAUAUUUAAAGAUUAGUUAGUUCUAACUAUUCUUUACAAUAAUUACAUUUUUUUUUUUUUAUUUACUUAUUUUUUUUAAGGAUUUAAUAUUUUAAAGUGGUUAACCUUUUAACAAAUAGUAAAUCUCAAUAAUAAACUUGAUAUUGUUAUUAACAAUAAUAAUCAAUAACCCUUAAAUUUAAUUUAUUUCAUUGUAAAUGAAGUGUUAUUAGUAUACUCGUAUAAUAAAUUAAUCAUAUUAUUUUGUUUUUUUUUUUUAGGUUACCAAAGGAGAAACCCUUUCAUAGUGCAUUUUAUUACAAUUUAAUGUAUCUAUGUAAAUAAAUAAAUAAAAUAAUUGUAUUAGUUUAAUUAUUUUCCUAAGUAAUAUGAUUUUAAUAUAAGCCAUUUAAUAAUCAUAGACAUUGUAUUUAAUACCUUCUUUUGUGUUAUAUUUGUUUAAGAUAUUAAUUAACUUUUAAUAAUUUAUUCUCAUUGUUAAUAAACAUUUACGUGAUCAUAUUUUUUUCAUUGUAUAUUGUUCUUAAUUUAACUGGAAAUGCUUCAAAAUAAUUACUUGUUUUAACUGUUCUCACUUAAAAAUUGUACAAUGUUUUUUUAGAAUUAUGGAGUGAUGUUAUAAAAGAAAACACUAUUGAAAUAUAUUUAAUAAUUAAAAAUA